AAGAUUAAAAAGCGAAAUUGAUGACAAAAUGGCUAGAAAUAUCUAAAAGCUAAAAAGUGGAGGCCCUUUUUGACAAGCGCUGGCAACUCUUGAGCCAGGUGCAUAUGUCCAAUUACAAUCGUCUGGCAACUCCCAUCUCACAGUCCGGAAUUUUAUUUUCAUUGUGCCACAUAAGUGUGCGGUUUUAGCUGAAAUACAUAUAUAAAACGAAAUCCAAAAAUGCCGGACGCAGUGCAGCAGAGCUUUGUGCGCUCCUUCAUUGAUUACUUGAAGAAACAGGUGGACGUCAUGUCGCCGGAUCAGAGUGAAAGCAUUGAGGUUGCAAUACAGUGUCUCCAGGCCGCAUUUGAUGUGGGCGAUGAAGAUCCGGACCAAAUAGCGUCGGAAACACAGAGUACCACAGCAGAUGCCCCUGGUGGCGAUGCUGCAGCGGCUGGAAACAGCAGCAGCGGCAGCAGCUCAGUGGUAAACACACGUAACAUCGAUAUGUUUGAGCUCUUCCAGUCAUUGUAUAUUGAACGUAAUCCGGAAUCGCUAGCGCUGGCGGAGACGAUCAAAAACGAGGGUAAUCGUCUGAUGAAAGAUUGCAAAUAUAAUGAGGCGUUGCUGCAAUAUAAUCGCGCCAUCGCCUUUGAUCCAAAGAAUCCAAUAUUUUACUGCAAUCGCGCCGCUGCCCAUAUUCGUCUCGGUGACAACGACCGUGCUGUUACGGACUGCAAGUCGGCAUUACUCUAUAAUGCAAACUAUAGUAAGGCCUAUUGUCGCUUAGGCGUGGCCUAUUCCAAUCUGGGCAAAUUCAAUGAGGCAGAGCAGGCUUAUGCUAAGGCUAUUGAACUGGAGCCGGACAAUGCCGACUAUCGCAACAAUCUGGAAGUGGUGCGAAAUGCGCGCAAUCAGCCACCGCAGAUAUCGCAUUUGACCGAUGGACUCAACGCUAUGUUGGCCAAUCCAACGGUGCGUAAUCUCUUCAGUAGCGCCGAAAUUGAUUUGGAGCAAUUGCAGUCCAUGACGCAGAAUCCAAUGGUCAUGAAUACAAUUGGUCAACUGUUUUCCAGCAUGGGAUCAGCUGGAAUGCCCGGCGGAGCUGCUCCUGGACCCGGUCAAGUGCCAGCUAUGCCUAAUGAUAUGCUGCAAUUGUUCCAGAGCUUUGCUACGCAGCUAGUGGGCGCCCAACAACAACAGGGAGGUGGCGGUGCCAAUUCACCUGGCGACCAGCAGCCUGGCAACCAACCCCCUCCCAGUACCUAGAACUAGGAGCUUAAAGUUGGCCCGAAGCACAGUAGAGCCCAAUAUACGCGUUUAUAAUUUAAGCUGGAAUAAAUUGUUUAAUUAUUUGUUUAAAUGAAAGGCUUACAAUACACACUUACAUAUACCAUAUAUAUUUUUACUAAAAGCUAAUAAAUAAUU